AUGCGUGUUGACAGGCACUGGUCUGAGAAGUCGCUCGCGGAGAUGACCGAGCGGGAUUGGCGCAUUUUCCGCGAAGACUUCAGUAUCUCUUACAAGGGGUCUCGCGUGCCUCGGCCGAUGCGGAGCUGGAGCGAGAGCAAGCUUGGCUCUGAGCUGCUUCUUGCUGUUGAAAGGGCUGGAUACCGGAAACCAUCACCAAUCCAGAUGGCUGCCAUUCCACUUGGUUUAAGCCAGCGUGAUGUCAUUGGCAUAGCUGAGACAGGUUCCGGCAAGACUGCAGCUUUUGUGCUUCCCAUGAUGUCUUAUAUUGCACACCUGCCGCCCAUAAAGGAUGAAAAUGGCCCUUAUGCUGUUGUCCUGGCACCUACUCGCGAGCUUGCUCAACAGAUUGAGGAGGAGGCUGUCAAAUUUGCCAAUCAUCUAGGCAUUAGGGUCGUGUCAGUUGUUGGUGGUCAGCAGAUUGAGGGGCAGGCUUUAAAGCUCAAGCAGGGCUGUGAGAUUGUAAUUGCAACACCUGGUCGGCUUCUUGAUUGCUUGGAGAGCAGGUAUGCUGUGCUCAACCAGUGCAACUAUGUUGUGCUUGACGAGGCUGAUAGGAUGAUCGACAUGGGUUUUGAGCCACAGGUCGCUGCUGUCCUUGACGCGAUGCCUUCGAGUAACCUGAAACCCGAGAAUGAGGACGAGGUACUUGAUGAGAGGAGGAUUUACACGACUACAUAACUCGCUCCGUCCUCCGCGCUCCCCCCGAGCCAACAGGUUUUGGGUGCUGGAUUCUGAUGGCUCUGGGUCGGAC